UGGCCCCUAGGCGCCAUGACAAGCAAAGCUGAAGAUUGAGAGUGGAUGCUAUCCCGGACUCUCAUGCUGCGUGUACAACCCUCCCCUUCACGACUUGAUCCCUUGCAGUCUGCUCAAACUUCCCUCUCACGCAAAUAUUUAAAAGGCAGGAUCCGGGCCCUGUAACCGGCCACGACUUCCUCUUCAUCAUGAACCCUUCUCCACUCCUUCGUCUGCCUGUCGAAUUACACUGGGAUAUCAUCGAUCUCCUCGAUAUCCAAGACCGAGCUCGCCUAGCAUGUGCGAGCCAAUACUUUUCGUCAAUCAUCAAGCCACCAACACAUCAAGACUUCCUCGCAGCGGAAACCAGCCCGUGGGCCACCUCCAGAGAUCUCUUCACCUGCAAAGGCUGCGUUCGAUUUCGACAUCUCCUUCAAUUCACGGACGAUAUGAGGAAGGGCAAGCGAGGGCGCAACGGCGUGGGAGCCAAUACAAGAUUUUGCAUAGAUUGCGGGGUUGAUCAGCAUUGGUUUCCGUUGGGGGCGGAGGUUACGAUCAUGGGAGAAACCUACGUAAUCUGCAGAGACUGCAGGAAGUUCACCGAUCAGGUUGGCUCGAAGGGGCUUUGCAACCCUUGCUCACCGAUAUCAAGAUCUGUCCGAAAGAAAAGACCAAAACCUAACACGGGAAACAACCAGUAUGACAGCGAAGAUGAUUGGGCUUAUUCGACACGAUCUUGCGCGGGAGGCAAACACUCAGAGGAGAUGUAUGGCCUGUGGCCCGACAUUUGAGCACAGCUCGGUUUCCUUUCCUUGUUUCACCUUGCAAACGGCUUCACGAGGUCAACGACUUUGAUCAAUGAUACCAAGAGAUGACCUAGUUGUCUUUUGGCAAUAGUCAUUUUCACGCGAAUUAUUUUCCCCUCUUGUAUGGCUUUAAAGCUUACAAACUGUCUUCUUCCACGUUUUUCUUCUCGCUGUCGCUAUUGCACGUUUGCCAGCCUCCGUCGUUCUGUCGUACACCACGUCAUGCCUACAAUGCACUUCCGCAUUCACAUUUUGUUAAUCGCUAACCAUGUACCUUCAAGACAAGCCCAUUUUCACUAACUCUACUCAAUUUUAUGAC